GACUGCUCUUUAUUAAGGAAAUUAUUUUUGCUUUUUUCUGUUAAAAUUUAGAUUUAAUACAUCAUUUGGUUCCUAGUUUAGGGCAUUGUGUUCAAAGUCAUCCUACCUUUAAAAAAGUUUACUAUUGUCCCAUAUUUCGUUAAAAACAGUUCAAGUUGGUCCUUUUGACUUAGGGCGUUAAAACAUAACGGUGCGAUGAUAUGACAACUGUGACCUGUGCAAUGUUUAUGGGAGAGAGACUUCAUGAUUCUGUACCCUGACUCGCGGCAGCCCAUGGUGGUGCAACACAUUUGAUCAGCGAUGAACAAAGAAGAAGCUCUCGUUCUGGGCUUUUGCUCUUUGUAAAGAAGACGAAGAUGGAGAACACAUGAAGAGGCUUCUUGCACGAUGCAUGGAGACACAUUGUUUCUGCGUUUCUGGCUUGUGCAAUUUGCAGGUUGUUGCCCAUGGAUGCUACUUGCAAACUAGGGUUUCUGUAAUUUGGGUAGCGAUUAUGUUAGGGAUUUUGAUUCAGUUCUUGCUUGAUGGUGGUGAGGCGCGACUCAUGGUAGAGAUUUUGCCCUGGUUUCAGGCGGCACGGUUUAGGGUUUCAUGGUGGCUAGGGUUUGUGGCAUGGUGGCCUGAGGGUUUGGUGAUGGCACGUUUUGUUAUGUGGCAGCAGUGGCGGCUAGGAUUUCACGGUGGCGGCACAAGGGUUUCUAUCCUUAGGUAAUUUGAUUUAACCCUGACUUAAACCUAGCUCAUGUCAUUAUAAUUUUUUUUUAAUUUACACAUUCAAAUAUAUCAUACAUGCCAUGUAUUGAUCAAAGUGCACGGGUCAUUCACUUUUGGCCACGGUGGCAAUUGCACCAUUAUAUUUUUAAAGCCGUAAGCCAAAAAGACCAUAUUGAUCAUCUUUUAACGAAACAUGAGACGUUACUGAACUUUUUAAAAAAGUAGGACGACUUUGAACGAAAAACCCAAAAAUAGGGACCAAAUGAUGUA